UUUCACGCGGUUGCAUAGCAACAGAGACGCAUUUCAUAAACAGCGAGAUAAAAAAGAUAGUCAGCUUUACUUUACAUUUUGAACUGUGUAGAUUUAUAAAAUACUGAAGCUCUUGGUUGAUAGACGCAUAUAAGUUUCGGAACAGACGCUGAAAACGUGCAUAAUGGAGGAGAAAGCUCAGAAGCCGGCAGUGGAAGAGAACUCAUUUGAAGCUUUUGAGAAGGAGUUCCAGGAUGUGUUGAACGAACUGGCAGGAGAGAACAGUCUGGAUCUUAAGUUCAGGGCGGAACAUGAAAAGCUCAUCACAGCCCUGAAGAACUCACAUGAGAAUGAAAACAGGCUGAUGACAAAAUGCAGAGAGCUGAAAGCAGAGAUAAGGGCCAACGCUGUCAAAGUGGAGGCGGCAUUGAAGCUGUCUCAUGAAGACCAGGCCACCAUUAUGCCACUAAAAAAGGAAAUCGAAAAGGCUUGGGAAAUGGUGGAUGCGGCCCAUGAAAAGGAGAAGAUUGCUAAAGACACAAUUAAGACUCUACAGCAGGAAAUAAACAGGCUUACUGUACUUGUCGAGCAAGAAGUUGUUGUAUCCAAAGCUGAAGUGCAGAGUGUGGGCGAGCUAUUGAAAAUCAAGGAGCAGUUGACGGCUGAGAGAGACAAGCUACUCUCCGAGCUGGUGACUCUCCGAGACAAUUUUGAAAAGGCCACAAUCAAGCAACAUGAGGCUGAAGAGGCAAACAUGAAGAUCCAGGAAACCAUCUUACAGCUAGAGCAGGACAUCCAGGUGCGCCAGAACGAGUGCUCGAGAGAGACCCGUCAGAAAGAGACGCUGGAGAAAGAACUGAAACAGCUUCGUGCAGAUGUUGAAGCCCAGCAGUUGGAAAUGAAAGCAAUAAUCGCACAAAGCCAGCACGGCAAAGACGACCAGAAGAAGAUGGAGCAACAGCUCUAUGAACAAAAGAUUCUGAACGAGAGAGUCUCUAAAGAGCUGGAGCAGCUGCAAGUGCGCAAGACUAAACUCCAGCAGGAGAACGACCAGAACACACUCAGGUUAGAGCAGCUUACCUACGAAAAUAACCAACAAGCCUCUGAACUGAAGAUGCUGAGAGAGGAGGUGAGUCAGAUGAAGCAGGAGACUGUUAAGCUUACUAAGAUAAGGGAGGCCACUCAGAAGAAGCUACGCCUGAUGGAGGUCCAGAAACUGGAGGUGGAAGAGCAGAGAGACACACUAAAGAACCAGAUCGGAGGCUUGGAGAAAGAAAUGGAAAUGGCAGAAAAACAGACAGAGAGUGACAAGAAGAAAAUAGACGAACUGAUCCGGGAGAAAGACAUGCUGAGUAAGAACAUGAUCAAGGCAGCAAAUGCCACUGAGAAGCAGUUAAACUUGGUGAAGCUGCAUGAGCAGACAAAGAAGACGUUGGAUCAGGAAAUUCUCAACUACCGAGACGAGGCGCAGAAGCAGCGCAAGAUAAUAUUUCAGCUUGAAAAGGAGCGGGACCGCUACAUCAACGAAGCCAGCGACCUCACACAGAAGGUCUUAUCAAAUAUGGAGGACCUUAAAGUGAGAGAGAUGGAGAUCUUCGAAUACAAGAAGAAGAUUGCUGAGGCGGAGACAAAGUUCAAGCAGCAACAGAACCUCUACGAGGCCAUCAGGGCUGAACGCAACAAUUACAGCAAGAAUCUGCGUGAUACUCAGCAUGAAAUCACAGAUAUAAAGCACAAGUUGAAGUCCAUGACCCAAGAGAAUGGUCAGCUCACAGAGGAGAUCAAGAGCAAAGAGGCAGCACUGGUCAAAGAGCACCUAGAGUUCCAGCGCAUAGAGAAAGAAAAGAAGGCUCUUAAGGCUGAGCUUCAGAAGAUGAAGCAGCAGGCCCAAGAGACCAAGCAGUAUAUGGACAUUCAGGAGGUAGAAGAGCAGAAGUUGCAGAAAAUCAUAGCAGAUGCUGAUGCAGAGAAAGUGAGCCUGAAGAAAGAACUGGAUCAGGUAAGUAGCGAGCGGGACAUUCUCGGGACUCAGCUGGUGCGGCGGAACGAUGAACUGGCACUGCUUUAUGAGAAGAUCAAGAUCCAGCAGUCCAUUAUGAACAAGGGUGAGAUCCAGUACAACCAGAGGGUGGAGGACAUCCGCCUGCUCAAGCUGGAGAUCAGGAAGCUGCGGUCGGAGAAAACAGUCCUCAACAAGACUGUGUCCAAUGUCGAAGACCUCAGGAGGGAGGUGUUCCACAUGCAAAAGGACCUGCUUAAGGAGCGAGCAAGAUGUCAAAGCUUGCAAGAAAAACUUGAAAAUCCCAUUAAUGUUCAUCGUUGGAGAAGACUGGAAGCGAAUGACCCGAGCACCUUUGAGCUGAUCCAGAAGAUUCACUCUCUACAGCGACACCUGAUAAAAAAAAGCAAGGAGGUAGUGGAGAAAGAGCUUCUGCUCCAGGAGAAGGAAAAGCUGUAUGUGGAACUGAAACACAUAUUAGCUCGUCAGCCCGGUCCAGAGGCAGCCGAACAACUUCUGAUCUACCAACAAACGCUGAAGAAAAAGACCAGACAGCUCAAGGCAGUUACAGCUGAACUCAACAUGUUCGAGUCUCAUGCACAGCAGUACAAGAACGAGAUAGAGCAACUAACCAGUGAGCUACAUGACAUGAAGAAGAAGUAUUUAAUGCAGAAACGCAAGGAGCAGGCAUGCAGGGAAAAGGAAAGGAGUCUGGAGCAAGCUGGGCAACCCCUGAUCAUGCCUCACCGCAUUGAAGGACCCCGUUUUACAGGGGGAGGCUUCAGCCUGAAGCAGGGCAAAAAGAUUGCUGCUAGAACCCCCUAAUCACUCAUAUACCUCCCUCCCUCCCUCUCUCUCUCUCUCUCUCUCUCUCUCUCUCUCUCUCUCUCUCUCUCUCUCUCUCUCUCUCUCUCUGAGUCUGGCUGACACUCUGGCUGUCUGUUCAAUCUGUGAAAAUAAAUCACACUGCGCACAGUAUAACAUUACGGUCAAGUGAAAUUAAAAAGCAAAACCCAUUGUAUUCAUUUAUCAAUUGUAAGUAAAGCAGAUGUGUUUGCACUCA